AUGAGCACAAUACAGAACAUCAAAAACUUCAUUCGGCAUGGGAAACAAGCUCGCUUUGUAACACCUCAUUCCGAACCCACCACCGACGUAUCUGCCAUCCACGCCGAGCAACAGCCACAACCCCAGGGUCAAUUCUCCCCCGCCCUGGAGUCCUUUGACACAGGGGAUCUCCGUGAGAAUACCCACGCUACCGCACAACCUCCUUCAGAUUCCCACUCCCGCCGUGAUCGCUCCGUCGAAAUUGAACGUAUCGUCGCCGAAGAGAAGGAAUCCCGCUCCAAGAUGCCGAAAUACCCCGGCCUCGAGCGCUGGAUCCUCGUUGAGAAAAUGGGCGAUGGCGCCUUCAGCAACGUCUAUCGUGCCAAGGACUCGACAGGUCAGCGUGACGAAGUCGCCAUCAAGGUUGUCCGCAAAUUUGAAAUGAAUAGCAAUCAGUCCGAUCAUCUUCAUCCGAGCGUCAAGAAGGUUCCCAAGGCUGCAGAGGUGCGCAAAACUCUCAUCAACGCUUCAUGUGGUGUCGCGGCCGGUCCGCUACCUGGCCGCUGCGGAUUUGGUCGAGCAAACAUCCUCAAGGAAGUCCAGAUCAUGCGCAAUUUGGACCACCCCAACAUCGUGAAACUGGUCGACUUUUCCGAAUCCCGCCAAUAUUACUACAUCAUUCUUGAGCUUUGCCCCGGUGGCGAGCUCUUCCACCAAAUCGUGCGAUUGACAUACUUCAGCGAAAACCUGAGCCGGCACGUGAUCUUGCAAGUCGCGAAAGCCAUUUUAUACCUACACGAGACCUCUGGUGUGGUGCAUCGUGAUAUCAAGCCCGAGAACCUCCUUUUCUACCCUGUCCCCCACGUCCCCAGCAAAAAUCCCAAGCCCCAACAACCGGGUGAUGAAGAGAAGGAGGAUGAAGGAGAAUUCACCGCAGGAGUUGGCUCUGGCGGUAUCGGUUUAAUCAAGAUCGCCGAUUUUGGUCUGUCCAAGAUCGUGAAGGAUGAACGGUAUUCAAAGAGUGUGGACAUGUGGGCUAUGGGCUGCGUCCUCUACACACUUUUGUGCGGUUUCCCUCCAUUCUACGACGAGAGUAUCCAGGUCCUCACGGAGAAGGUUGCGAGAGGCCAAUACACCUUCCUGUCACCAUGGUGGGACGACAUUUCCAAGUCGGCCCAGGAUCUCAUUUCGCACCUAUUAACUGUCGACCCCGAGAAACGGUUCACCAUCGAAGAGUUCCUUGCCCACCCUUGGAUCCGAGAGACCGACGAGGAAACCACCGCGGCCGCUGAUGCGCCGCCUCUGGCCACACCCUUGGCCCCCUCUCGUGCCUCCCUGGAUGUUCCCUCUGCUGGCAUAGACCGCCGAAUGGACUUCCGUUCACCCGGUGCCUUCAAUCUGCGUGAAGUGUUCGAUGUCGGUUACGCUGUCCACAGACAGGAGGAAGAAACCAAACGCCGCCGACACGUUCGCCAACAGGCCGCCCAAAGCGGCAACUCAGUGGCCGGUUUCCAGUCCGCACUUGGAGCUCUCAAUGAAGGUUAUGACGACGAACCCGAUUACCGCGCCAGACUUGACGCAGCUGCAGACCAACCGCCUCUCAAGGUUGCCAAGCCCAGCAACGGCGGUGAAAUGGCCGGCAUGGAAGCUAAGCUUCGCUCCACCAAUCUCGGUGCCCAGAGCAGUGCCGCGCAGGCGCGACAAGCUCACCGACAGCCGCCUCGCAAGCAAGGGUAUGGCCAGCACGAUGCGAAUGUCGCCGCCGCUGCCAAGAGCAGCAUCAGUCAAAGAGCCCAGCAGCCCUUCGAACUCACCUUGAAUGGCGCAACGCUGCUAGAAAAGCGCGGUCGCCGCAAUCAACCGGUGAUCUGA